GAUAAGUUGAAAUGAUAGCCUUCAUCUUCUGUUUUGCAUUGAUUCCCUGCACAGCGAUUUUUUUCGUCGUAUACUUGUUUAUAGUAUGUGAAAGAUUGCUCGCCAAAGAUGGUAAUCAAUCAAAGUCGAAAUUCAACAGACAACUAGAAGAUCCAGGUAUGCCUAAUUUUGAAAUAGAUAUCACGGUUUUAUAAAAUCGGACCAAGUGACGUACUUCGUUUGGUGUUAAUUGGUGAAACUGGUUCCGGGAAGAGCACCACAGGCAACACUAUUUUAGAUGACGAUGAUGCUUUUACUUCAUUGCUAGAUGACGCCAGCAAGUGUUGUUGCAAACAAACGAAAACACGAUUUGGAAGAAAGAUUGAAGUAAUUGAUACAGCGGGAAUAUUUGAUUCUGUGACGGAACUUGGCACAUUCCAACGAGAAAUUGUAAAAUGUAUUGCUAUGACUCAGCCCGGACCCACUGCUUUCCUUAUGGUUGUUCGACCUUAUGUCUUGACAACGGAACAAUAUAAGGCUUUCGAAAAGUUCUUGAAAAUCUUUGGAGAAGAAAUUUAUAAACACUUGAUUAUAAUUUUCACAAGACCAAAAGAAACUUCAGAAAACUGCAGAAAAAUACCAGAACAACUUCGUAAUAUUCUUUGUAAGUGCAAUAAUAAUUUGAUAUAUUUUGACAAUCAUCUAAAAGGCAUUGAAAGAGAUAAACAAGUGAAGAAUCUCCUCGAACUAAUAGACAAGGAAAUUUGUAAAAAAGCGGAUACUUUUAAGCAUACGUUCUAUGAAGAAGCAGAAAGGAUUAUCACAAAUUCACAUAACUACCUUCGUCUUCUCUAUAACAAAGACACACCAGAGGAAAAUGAUAAUGCGACCAACAGGGAGAUUGAUCAAGGGAAGGGGUUGAUGUUAAAGAUUCUUUUGAGGAGCUUCGCAAAGAUAUUCAAAGCAGAGAAUUUUAAUGUAACAACGAAGCCUUUUCGACCGAUAUCAAUAACAGAUUAUGAGUUGCGAAUUAUUAUGUUUGGCCUUUCUGGAAGUGGCAAAAGUGCAACAGGGAACACUAUUUUAAAUGACAGGAAAUUCAAAUCCUGCUUUUCAUCAUCUGAAACAAUUCAUACUUGCAAGAGAGGAACCAAGGAACGCUUUGGAAUUAUUCUACAAGUGAUUGAUACCCCAGAUAUUAUAGAACUGAGUGAUGGAGAUUGCGAUCGAGAAUUAAGGAAAUGCGUCGGACUAACUGCGCCGGGGCCGCAUGCAAUUUUGUUUGUAGUGCAAGCCGGGAGAUUUACACAAAACAACGAGAAAACAAUAAGUAAAUUAGAAACCUAUUUUGGACACGAAAUGUGGAAUUAUUUCUUUCUCAUAUUUUCUCACGGAGAUGAAAUACAACAGAAGCAUGGUUCUUUGGAAACAUUUGUAAAGAAAGCACCAUCUAAUUUAAACCAAAUUCUUAUAAAAUGUCAGAGAAGAUGUAUUGCGUUCAAUAACAAAAGUGAAAAGCUAAACGAAAGACAAGUUCAAGAUCUGAUAACAAAGAUAAGGGAUAUUAUUUUACAAAAUGCCACAGAUCAUUUUAGAAAUGAAAGAUAUGAUUUAGCAGAAAACGCAAUGAAAGAAAGGGAAGAGAAUUUGAUGCAAGACACUAAUAACGUGCUUUUACAUGGAAAACACCCACGAGAGAAAGUGAGGGAUGAGCUUAAUAGUUAUGAUUCUGAAGCUUCUAAACUCCUUUCCAGAAGAACCUUACAUUGUAGAUAAAAACUUCAUGUAUUAUUGUCAUUUUUUUUUCAUUUGGCGACUUAAUUAGUUUUCGUUCUCUGUCGUUAUCAAGGAUGUUAAAAGACAAACUUUGAAACUUUGUAUUCAUCUGACUGUAAUUAUGUGCAAGAUUUUCUUGACUUCCAGUGACGUAGGUAUGUUUGUUAUCUAAUCAUUUAUGCUCUAUGCACAGGACACUUUUCUUUCAUAUUGCAUGAUACAUAUACGCGGUUGGUGAAACCGGGCGACAGAGAAUGCUUACUUCUCCUAGAUACCCGAUUCCACUUCAGGUAUGUCCAAGAAUCAGAAUCUCCUCAGCUCUUCAUUUUGUAUUCAUUGUAGGAAGUAUGAAAUUGAUCACUGUUCGUUAUUUUCACCUUUUCAUGAAAGAUGAAUAUAACGAACAGCGACCAAUAUCAUGACUGGUAACAGGUCGUUCCGGCCCCAAAACUAAUCAAUCCCCUAGUCGUUCCGUCCUCAAGUCGUUCCGUCCCUAGUUGAUCCGGCCCCAGUCAAUCCGGCCCCCAGGUUUAUAAAGUUUUUACUGUCUUCUUAUUUACAGUUAAUGCUAUAAUUUUCAUCCAAACAUCAAUAUGAUUAUAUUGUUUGUAGUGAUUAUAACCAUGAUUUAGAUUAAAGAUUUGUUUGUAACAUGUACAUGUGCGUGACGUGUACGUUAUCUGUUUGGAACACUACGGAUGCAGACACUUAAGAGUUCUAGAAUUUGUAUUUCUUUAUAUCUUUUUUUUCAAUUUGUAAGUGAUAAUUGCUAUAUGUUAAAGCAAUACAAGCUGUAAUUAACUGGCGGUACUUUCAACUAUCACAAUAGUCUGCACUAAUAUUAACACCUAUCGAUAUGACUAAUAUAAUACAUCAAUAAUUGACUAAUAUAAUCCUCAUGCCUACACAUUUCAUUUGUUUUAAAAUAUUACAUCAUGUAAAUUUUGAGUAUUAAAAGUAUGAGGAAAUAAUAAAUAGCAAACGUGCCACUCAAAUCAAAUUUUGAUAAUGAAUUAAUUGUCAAUAAAAUUGUCUAUGUUAUUCUAUUUGAUCGUUUAUUUUGAAUUAAUUUAACUUGUAUUGCUUUAAAUGAAAUUUGAUGAAUUAAUACAUUUUUUAUUUAUCAUAUUAAACAAUGUUUCAUCAUUUAUAAAACAUAAAUGUACUUCCCACCCCAUUACAUAAAUUAUAAACAGAAAAUAUCUAUAAAACGUAUAUGGGGACGGACUGACUACGGUAAUUGUGGCCGGAAUGACUUGGGGCCGGAUCGACUGGGACCGGAUUGACCGACAUUCAUCAUGACUUCUAUAAGCAAUACAAAAUAGAUAGUUGAGCAAACACGGACCUCUCGACAAAAUUAAAAUCGCUUUCGAGGCCCUCCGAAUCCAUAAUAAGUAUGCAUAUACAUGUACAAUGUAUGUGCAUAACUCUGUUGUGUCUAAUGAUUUCAGGGUGUUCAAUUGAGAUAAUACGCUGACAGGUUUGUCAAAUAUUUAGGCACUAUAUCUAGGCCUAGGUGUCGUAUUUUUGUGUUCUUGUACGAACAGUAUGGAUCAUGGGUGUCCGUAAUGUAAUUUUCUUUAUCUAAAACACUUUCCUGGCCGGACAUGACCUUUACUGAUAUUUUGAUUAAAAUGACUCGGAAUGUACGCAGUAGUUACAUGUUAACACUCACAUCACAUGGCUGUAUCGUAUUGUUAAAAACUAGCAGGAACUAAAAAUUACCAAGUGGGCGAGGAAUGCAGAAUUUGCAUGUUUUAAAAUAUUCGAAUUUCCCAAAAUUUGUAACUUGAGCAUAGGUUAGCAUUCUCUGAAUGAGCGUUAAAAACGUAAAAAUCAUUCUGAUCUCCAUCACUUUGUUCCAACUAGAUCUGGCGACAUAAUUUUUCAUCUAUUGUGACGUCAUGUCAGUGUUCAUGUGAUGUAGGCUAUGGAUUUAGUAAACUCCAUAGUACAGUUAGGAUUGUUCUAACUUCAAGCCCGAUCCCUAAAGCUUACAGCAAUCAAUGAAAGUGUUUGGUUUUUUUUUUUUUUUUAGCUAUUUGAAGCUUUAAUGUCUUAAACUGUUUUUCAAACACCACCUAGUAAUAUUUCUUGAAAUGGUAAUCUAGUAAUGUAAAUGAUGAAUAAAACAUGUUUGCA